CGAUGACGUCGCUGCUGCGGAUUGGCUGAGGACGGCGGGGUUGGCCAAUUUAACUUCCGGGUAAACAAACAGCUGAUAGCAGGUCGAUGGCUGUCAGCUGUUUUUGCCAAAAUAGUAAUAAUAAUAAUACAAUAAACUGAUUAAAAGUGAAGCCGAAAUAACUACAUAAUGAUGCUGAUUAGUAAAAAGUCUAAAUUCAUGCUUUGUCAGGUCUGUUACCAUGACGACAAGCAAACAACUUUUAAAUUGCUUGUUUUCUGAAUGGAGUCUGAACUACCUGAAGAACUUCUUCAACCUGACAGAGGAGAGAGGUCCAGCCACCAGACGGGGGAUCAGCCCGGUGAGCAGGAAGCUGAGUGAGAUGCAGAGAUUCUUCGGUCUCCAGAUCACCGGGACGCUGGACGCCGACACCGUGGUGAUGAUGAAGAAGGCCCGCUGUGGCGUCCCGGACGGCAACAUCGCCCGUUUCUCCACGUUUGGAAGUAACCUCAAGUGGGAGAAAAAGAGCCUUACCUACAGGAUAGUGACCUACACACGUGACAUGCCUGUGUCAGAGAUAGAUGACUCCAUAGAGAAGGCGCUGCAGGUCUGGGCCAAGGUCACUCCUCUGAGAUUCACAAAGAUCAGCAGUGGCACCGCUGACAUCAUGAUCUCCUUCGGCAGCCGAUCACAUGGUGAUUAUUACCCCUUUGACGGCCCUGAUGGCACUCUUGCCCACGCCUUCGCCCCGGCCCCCGGCAUCGGAGGAGAUGCUCAUUUUGAUGAUGAUGAGACCUUCACUUUCCGCUCAAACAGAGGCUACGUCCUCUUCAUGGUGGCUGCCCAUGAGUUCGGCCACUCCCUGGGCUUGUCUCACUCUGAUGAUCCCGGUGCUCUCAUGUACCCCGUCUACUCGUACAGAAACCCCGACACCUUCGUUCUGCCGCGGGACGAUGUCAACGGCAUCCAGUCUCUCUAUGGUGCAAACCCUGAUAAGGAUCCCUCUGUAACCAGACCUCAGCCCCCCACCACCCCCGACUCCUGUGAUUCAACCAUGGUUCUGGAUGCUGUCACCACCCUGCGAGGAGAGAUGCUCUUCUUCAAAGACAGCUUCUUCUGGCGGAGUUACCCUCAGAGCAACACACCUCAGCAAAGUCUCAUCACAAACUUCUGGCCCAACGCCCCCACCAGCAUCAACGCCGCUUAUGAAAGCCGACACUCAGAUAAAGUCUUUCUCUUUAAAGGUCGUAAAGUGUGGGCUUUCAGGGGCUACGACCUCGUGCGUGGCUAUCCUAAAAAACUCACCAGCGUUGGUCUGCCUAGACGCGUGAAGAAGAUCGACGCGGCCCUCUAUGACGUGCAAUCUGGCAAGACUCUGUUCUUUGAAGGCGACAUUUACUACAGUUACGAUGAGGCCAGAAAGACGAUGGACCAGGGUUUCCCCAAGCGAGUGGAUCAGACCUUCUCCGGCCUGAGCGGCAGGGUGACUGCAGCUUUCCAGUACAGAGGUUUUACGUACAUCUACAGCGGACCCUACAUGUUUGAGUACAACCUGAGGACCGGGAGGUUGUACCGCGUGCUGAGGAACAGCUACUUCCUGCGCUGCACUAACUUCUAGAGCAGUUUAAAUAGUGGAAAGCUGUUUAUGUAGCCACUCUGAAUGAGAAUGAAUGUACACUAACAGUGUUAAAAUAGGUCAUUUGAAAUAUUUAUAUUAUUCAAAAUAUUACACAUUUAAUUGUAUGAAAUUAAUUUAGAGCUGUAGUAUAUAAAUGAAAUGUGAUGUUAUUUUUAUAUAUUGUCUUGAAGAUGUUCCUUCAAGACAGCAAGUCCACUUGCAUUUGACCACUUACUACUGGUGCUGCUGUUCUUUAUAUCUGUAGUGUAAUGAUGCGACAGAUGACCUGGAAAGCUUUGGAUGUGUGUGUGUAAUCAAUGCAUUUUAAUAAUUCAUUUUAUUGAUAUGUAAUUGGACAAUAAAACCAUGGAUUACCAAAGGUC